UGAAUCUUCUUUUCCUUUUGGUUGAGUUUCAUACCAGAAGGGAGAGUGCCAGGCUCAUUCUCUCACGAUCCUUCUGUUUCUUCCAAUUAUUUUGUCUGUCAAUUUCGUGAAGUUCAUCAGAGAUCGUGGAGGCGCCAUUCCUUACUUUACGAAACUUGAGUAACUGCAUCAAUGGAGUGGACGACAUUGCAGCAUCUGGAUCUACGACACGUUGGACGCGGCGUUAGACCGCUGCAGCCUCAUGCUGCUUCAUUUCAUCCUCACCAGGCGCUUGUUGCCGUCGCCAUUGGAACCUACAUCGUUGAAUUUGAUGCAUUGACUGGAAGCAAGAUUUCUGCCCUUGACAUUGGUGCACCUGUUGUACGCAUGUCUUACAGCCCUACAAGUGGGCAUACUGUGAUUGCAAUUCUACAGGAUUGUACGAUACGGUCUUGUGAUUUUGACCUAGAGCAAACGUGUGUACUGCAUUCCCCUGAGAAGAAGACAGAACAAAUAUCUGCUGACACAGAAGUUCAUAUGGCUUUGACUCCAUUACAACCUGUUGUGUUUUUUGGUUUCCAUAGACGGAUGAGUGUGACAGUUGUUGGAACUGUUGAAGGUGGAAGAUCGCCUACAAAAAUCAAGACAGACUUGAAGAAGCCCGUUGUAAAUCUUGCCUGCCAUCCUCGGCUUCCUGUCCUAUAUGUUGCUUAUGCAGAAGGUUUGAUUCGAGCAUAUAACAUUCAUACCUAUGCUGUUCAUUAUACCCUACAACUUGAUAAUACCAUUAAGCUUAAUGGUGCUGGUGCCUUUGCAUUUCAUCCAACUCUCGAAUGGAUUUUUGUUGGUGAUCGACGGGGUACACUAUUGGCAUGGGAUGUAUCAACUGAGAGACCAAGUAUGAUUGGAAUCAUACAAGUUGGUCAACAACCAAUAAUAUCAGUUGCUUGGCAUCCCAUAUUGCGUUUACUUGUAACUCUUUCAAAGGAUGGAAAUCUGCAAGUUUGGAAAACACGGGUUAUAGUUAAUCCUAACAGACCUCCUAUGCAGGCUAAUUUUUUUGAGCCUGCAGCAAUUGAAUCACUUGAUAUUCCUCGCAUCCUUUCUCAACAGGGCGGAGAAGCAGUUUAUCCCCUACCACGAAUUAAAGCUCUAGAACUUCAUCCGAAAUUUAAUUUAGCAGCACUAGUGUUUGCAAAUGUAACAAGCGGAGAGAAUUCAAAAAAUAAGACCACAAGCAGUAGAGAAAGGAGGAAGCAACUCUUUGCAGUUUUGCAAAGUGCACGAGGCUCUUCAGCAUCUGUUUUGAAAGAAAAACUCUCAUCCUUGGGUUCAUCUGGAGUGUUAGCAGACCAUCAGCUUCAGUCUCAACUACAAGAACAUCAUCAGAAAGGUCAUAGUCAUCUUACCAUAUCAGACAUCGCAAGGAAAGCUUUUCUUUAUAGUCAUUUUAUGGAAGGUCAUGCAAAAAGCACUCCAAUAUCUCGGUUGCCCCUCAUCACUGUCUUGGAUACUAAGCAUCAACUGAAGGACAUACCAGUUUGCCAGCCCUUUCAUUUGGAGCUAAAUUUCUUCAGCAAAGAGAACCGUGUUCUUCAUUAUCCUGUGAGGGCCUUCUACAUGGAUGGUGUGAACCUUAUGGCAUAUAAUCUCUCAUCUGGCUCAGAUAGCAUCUACAAAAAGCUUUAUAAUUCGAUUCCUGGAAAUGUGGAGUACCAAGUAAAACACUUGCAUUAUAGUAAAAAGCAGCACCUAUUUCUUGUUGUUUAUGAGUUCAGUGGCGCUACAAAUGAAGUGGUGCUGUACUGGGAAAAUGCAGGUGCGGAGACAGUGAGCAGUAAAUGUAGCACAGUCAAAGGUCAAGAUGCUGCAUUUAUUGGCCCCAAUGAAAAUCAGUUUGCCAUUCUUGAAGAUGACAGGACAGGACUGGCUGUCUAUACUUUGCCUGGGGGUUCCUCACAAGAAGCUAAGGAAGAUGAUAAUGUAUUUGCAGAGAACCAACCUGCAGAGACUAGUAUUGGUUCAAUUAAGGGCCCUACGCCAUUUUUGUUUGAAACUGAAAUUGAUCGUAUCUUCUCUACUCCUUUAGAUUCAAGCUUGAUGUUUGCUUCUCAUGGAAACCAGAUUGGAUUGGUAAAAUUGGUACAAGGGUACCGCCUUAAAACUUCAAGUGCUGAUGGUCAUUAUUUAUCAACCAAAAGCGAGGGGAAAAAGGCAAUCAAGUUGAAAAGAAAUGAGAUCGUACUUCAGGUGCACUGGCAAGAGACUCUUAGGGGCUAUGUUGCUGGAAUUUUAACAACGCACAGAGUCCUUAUUGUUUCAGCAGCACUUGAUAUCCUGGCAGGCACUUCUUCAAAUUUUGACAAGGGGCUUCCUUCAUUUAGAUCACUCCUAUGGGUAGGACCAGCCCUUCUGUUUUCUACUUCCACCACAGUUAAUGUGCUUGGCUGGGAUGGAAAAGCAAGGACUAUUCUCUCUAUUAGUUUGCCUAAUGCAGUCUUGGUUGGUGCGUUGAAUGAUAGAUUGUUACUCGCAAGCCCUACAGAAAUAAAUCCCAGACAGAAGAAGGCAAUUGAGAUUAAAAGCUGUCUUGUUGGGCUUCUUGAACCACUUCUCAUUGGAUUUGCUACAAUGCAACAAAGUUUUGAGCAGAAGCUUGAUCUACCUGAAAUACUAUACCAAAUAACAUCCAGGUUUGAUAGCUUGCGCAUAACACCAAGAUCUCUUGACAUUCUAGCUAGAGGUUCUCCUGUUUGUGGAGACCUAGCUGUGUCAUUAUCCCAGUCAGGUCCACAGUUCACUCAGGUUCUGCGUGGUGUUUAUGCUGUGAAAGCUCUUCGGUUUUCAACUGCUUUGUCAGUCUUGAAAGAUGAAUUUCUGCGUUCCAGAGAUUAUCCAAGAUGCCCUCCUACAUCUCACUUGUUUCACCGGUUCAGGCUGUUGGGUUAUGCCUGUAUCAGGUUUGGUCAAUUUGACAGUGCGAAAGAAACAUUCGAAGUAAUAGCAGACUAUGAAAGCAUGCUUGAUCUGUUCAUAUGCCACCUUAAUCCCAGUGCCAUGCGACGUCUUGCUCAGAAGUUGGAAGAAGAAGGUCUAGACUCAGAAUUGAGGCGAUAUUGUGAAAGAAUUCUACGAGUUCGAUCUUCCGGAUGGACACAGGGUAUAUUUGCCAACUUUGCUGCAGAGAGCAUGGUUCCUAAAGGACCUGAGUGGGGUGGUGGAAACUGGGAGAUCAAAACCCCUACAAAUGCAAAGGAUAUCCCUCAGUGGGAGCUUGCUGCAGAGGUGACACCAUAUAUGAAAACUGAUGAUGGUAGCAUUCCAUCCAUUAUUGUAGAUCAUAUUGGUGUGUAUUUAGGAUCAAUUAAGGGAAGAGGUAACAUUGUAGAGGUGAGGGAAGAUAGCUUAGCCAAGGUCUUUCCUCCAUCAGGUAGUGAUAAGCCAAAUGGUCCUGAGGUAUCUUCAGUUAAAGCCAUACCUAGUCAGUCAAAGGGACUUCUUGAUGGUACUUCCAAAGGUAAUUUAUUGAUGGGUCUGGAAAACCUUAAGCCUGCUAAUGCCUCUUCUGAUGAACAAGCUAGAGCAGAAGAAGAAUUCAAGAAAUCUAUGUAUGGAGCUGCUGCUGAUGGGAGCAGUAGCGAUGAGGAAGGAGUAUCAAAAACAAAGAAAAUACAGAUUAGAAUACGAGACAAGCCUAUUGCAUCUUCUACUGUGGAUGUAAACAAGAUCAAAGAAGCCACAAAACAGUUUAAACUUGGUGAAGGCUUAGCUCCACCAACAAGGACCAAGUCUUUAUCUGGUGGUGCCCAGGACCUUGGCCAGAUCUUGGCCUUGCCACCAGUAACUACUGGGAUGGCUGCUCCUACUGUUUCAACCCCAGGUGACCUGUUUGGUACGGAUGUUUUAACACGACCAGAACCAAUCUCACAGCCAAGUCCUGUGGCUGUAGGUGGGGGAAUUAAAGCAGCGCCUAUUCCAGAGGACUUUUUUCAGAAUACAAUUCCAUCCUUCCAGGUUGCUGCAUCACUGCCUCCUGCUGGGACAUAUCUCUCCAAAUUUACUCCUGGAGCUGAAAGCAGCCAGACUACUUCAGCACAGGUUAAUGCUUCUGCAGCUAAUGCUGGGGUUCAAGGUGGCAUUCCCCCUCAAACUAUUCAACAACCUGUUGUUCCCCUUGAGUCCAUUGGGCUUCCUGAUGGUGGAGUUCCACCACAAUCUUCAGGCCAGGCUGCAGUCAUGCCAGCCGCACCACAACCAACAUUUCAGGUUGCUCAUGCACCAAUUUCUACCCAACCUCUUGAUCUUAGUGUUCUUGGAGUACCAAAUUCUGCUGAUUCAGCAAAAUCUCAACCUCGUGCUGAUUCUCCACCAUCUUCUGUGCGUCCUGGGCAGGUUCCACGCGGGGCUGCUGCUUCUGUAUGUUUCAAGACUGGACUUGCUCACCUUGAGCUAAAUCAUCUUUCAGAUGCAUUAUCUUGCUUUGAUGAGGCUUUUCUUGCAUUAGCUAAGGAGCAAUCCCGUGGAAAUGAUAUUAAAGCUCAAGCUACAAUCUGUGCCCAAUAUAAGAUAGCAGUCACGCUUCUUCAGGAAAUUGGACGUCUGCAAAAAGUUCAUGGUCCAAGUGCAAUCAGCGCAAAAGAUGAGAUGGCAAGACUUUCACGCCAUCUGGGUUCCUUACCCCUUCUGGCCAAGCACCGAAUAAAUUGCAUUCGAACUGCCAUUAAACGAAACAUGGAGGUCCAAAAUUAUGCUUAUAGCAAGCAAAUGCUAGAACUACUUCUGUCUAAAGCGCCUCCUAGCAAGCAGGAAGAGUUUAGAAGCCUUGUUGACUUGUGUGUUCAGAGGGGUUUGACUAAUAAGUCCAUUGAUCCGUUGGAGGACCCCUCACAAUUCUGUGCUGCCACAUUAAGCCGGCUGUCAACCAUUGGAUAUGAUGUCUGUGAUCUGUGUGGAGCCAAAUUUUCAGCGGUCACUGCACCAGGAUGCAUCAUCUGCGGAAUGGGAAGCAUCAAAAGAUCAGAUGCGCUCACCGGACCAGUUCCAGUUCCUUCUCCAUUUGGCUGAGUCCCCAUGAUCGCUAAUAAUACUUGUUUAACGUGCGACGCCCCCAGUGAUACUGAUGUUGAAAGACGCAACUUGUAGAGGAAACGGACAAUUGAAUGGAAAGGGGGGCAAAUUCCUGCACCAACUCUAGAGAGAUUAUAGGCUUCCCUCAUUGUGCAUACUGAUUCUGAUGUGAUUGUUUGCGAUAAUUUGCCUUGGCUUCCUUCUCUUUUGAUUUCUUCCCCAGGUCAUGUAAUUGUCUGUAUUGCGUAAUAUUUUCCCCCAGUUUUGUAAUAUACUGACGAUAGUUUGUGAAGAUAGAAAAACAAUGUUAAUAUGCAUAUUUGUAUUAUUGAUGAUUUCUAAGAAACAAGAGAAUGUGUCCUUAUGCGA